UGGAUUUGAAAUCUUCAAAUGGUGUAUUUGGAAGAGCUGACCUUAGAGCGGGGAAUUGCCAGGUGUCCAGAUGAUGUCAAUGACCCCCACUGCUGCUCCGACGACACCUUGGGCAUGACCUGCACCCGCUAGAAUGCCUGGAUGGUUCAGAAAGGCGUGGUAUGGGCUGGCAUCUUUACUCAGCUUCUCCUCCUUCGUCCUGAUCAUCGUUGCCCUGGCGGUGCCCCACUGGCUGAGUGGGAAAAUCCUCUGUCAGACUGGAGUGGACCUGGUCAAUGCCACGGAUCCAGAGCUGGUCAAGUUCAUCGGGGACAUUUACUAUGGACUCUUCCGAGGGUGCAAGGUGCGGCAGUGCGGGCUCGGGGGCCGCCAGUCCCAGUUCACAAUCUUCCCGCACCUGGUGAAGGAGCUCAAUGCCGGCCUUCACGUGAUCAUUCUGCUGCUCCUCGUCUUGGCCUUGGCCCUGGCUCUGGUCAGCAUGGGCUUUGCCAUCCUCAACAUGAUCCAGGUUCCGUACAGGGCAGUCAACGGCCCCGGGGGCAUCUGCCUAUGGAAUGUCCUUGCAGGCGGAGUUGUGGCUUUGGCCAUCACCAGCUUCGUGGCAGCGGUGAAAUUUCACGACCUGACCGAACGGAUCGCCAACUUCCAGGAGAAGCUCUUUCAGUUCGUCGUGGUGGAAGAGCGGUACGAGGAGUCGUUUUGGAUCUGUGUGGCCAGUGCCUCGGCCCAUGCUGCAAACUUGGUUGUGGUGGCCAUCAGUCAAAUUCCUCUCCCGGAGAUCAAGACCAAAAUAGAAGAGGCCACAGUCACGGCUGAGGAUAUCUUGUAUUAAUAGCCAUCUGCUCACACCCUUUCCUACAUCAGUUCUGCAGUGUGAAUGGAGACCUCGUUUGUUCAGCAGGCUUCACAGUCCAGAAGAUCCAUGUUCUUGGUGGUAAGAAGAAGAAGGAAGUUGAAGGAGGGAGGGUGGUGCCUGGGCCAGAAAAGAAAAACUUUCCCGAAUUCCUGGCAUCUCUGCCCUUUUUUCUCACUGACCUUGGAGUUAGAGUUGGAGACUCUGCCACUUGCUGGCUGUGUGCUGGACAAUUCACUUACUGUCUGCAUCUCAGUUUCCUCAUCUGUAAAAUGGGGAUAUUAACGACCUCACAAGGUUGUAAUGAGGUUUACAUGGGCAAUAAUGUUCCCAGCCUUUGCAUAUGGUAGAGCAUGCUACCAAUAUAAGGUACUGUCCACUCUGAGACAUGUCUCUAGACCCCCGAUCUAUUUCAUACAAUAUUAGGGGGAUACAGAGAGGCAUAUGAUAAUGUCCCUGCCCUCCACAAACACCUAAUCUUUCCAUACGACACAGGAAUCGGAUAGCAACAGUGACACUAAGAAUGAAAAUAACUACCUUUUUUGGAGUGGUUACUACAUGCAGUUAUAGGAUUUUUACAUAUAUUCACUCAUUGGGUCCUCACUACAAACUCAGAUUGUCAGUACUAUUUUAUUACCAUUUUAUAGCAGAAGAAAUUGAAGCGAGAGGUUGGGUAACUUGCGGAGGGCAGGAAUUAAAUCAAGGAAGUCUGGAGCCAGAGUUUAUACUUGUAACCACUUUGCUCCUCUAUUGUGUGACGUCAAGCCAUGGCAAUGCACCCUGAUCAAUGCUCUGUUAGUUCAAGCAUAAAGGACCGAGGAAGGGAUUAAUUCUUCAGGAUGGAAGGUGGUAUUAAAGAAAGUGUCACAGAGUUGACAUUUGAUCUGUACUUUGAAAGAUGAGUCGAUCUUUUCCAGUGGUGAGGGAAGCAGGGCUGGAGAAGGGCAUUCCAGGAUAAGUCAGUAAUGAGGGAAGGCACAAGGUAUGAAAUUACAAGGAGGGCUGGGAAGCACGUGAAUACCCAGUGAGGUUAGACUGUUGGUCUAAUUCACCUGUUGGAGAAACCCAGGUGUCUUGUGUUGGGUUUUCCUGAGUGGUACUGUGAUGGUUAAUUUUAUGUGUCAACUUAGGUAGGCCAUGGUACCCAGAUAAUUGGUUAAACACUAUUCUAGGUGUUUUUGUGAAAGUAUUUUUUGGAUGGGAUUAAUGCUUAAAUCAGUGGACUUUGAGUAAAGCAAAUUGCUCUCCCCAGUGUGGAUGGGCCUCGUCCAAUCAGUUGAAGGCCUUCUCUGGAGAACCCUCACACAUACAUGUACACAACUUAAUUCAUUUUCCCAUGAUGCCAACUGGGGUGAAUCCUUGCCCCAGUCUUCUGUCUUCAUGCCAAGUAAAAGUUGUCUAUCCUCCAAAUUAGCUCCAUCUAGAAUGACACCUGAUUGGGACUCACUCUACCUUUGUUUAACUCUCCACUUCAGGAAGUUUCCAUGGCAUCUCUUCUGUUCUAAUUGCUUAUGAUUUCCUGCUGUGCUCACCUGUCUCUUCCAGCCCUCUUUCGCCAUCCCAGACAUAGCUUCAGUACUAUUUAAUGGACUGAGGUCACUCAUCAAAUAUGCAGAUGACACAUGGCUGGAAGGGAUAGUUAACAUGAUAGGAGAUGGAUCCAAAAGAUAGCAACAGACUGCAGUGCUGUCUUGAAAACAGUGGAAAUGUCAAUGUCCUAUCAAGUUUAACAGAAAGUCCUGCUAACAGUUAAAGAAAAUAACAUAAAUACAGAAGACUCUGGCAACAGUUUCUAUCAUAAACAUCUGAGGAUCUUGGUAAAUUUAUUCAUUCAACAAGUAUUGAAACUGAUCUAGCUGCUGGGAGCAGAGCAGUGAACACACAGACAAAAAUCCCUCCCCUCUGGGGGCUGGCCCUGUGGCCGAGUGGUUAAGUUUGCGCGCUGCGCUGCAGGCGGCCCAGUGUUUCGUUGGUUCGAAUCCCGGGCGAGGA